UCUCCUUGCACGGUGUCAAAGUAUGACGUUUCCAAGACGCGCUUCAGCUGGAACCGGACGGAUUGUUCUAAUUGUUUUCUAAAAACAUCUUCGCAAAUUAGAACCUUAUCAGAAACUAAAAAUGUCGCGUAAGGAAGCCCUGUCGCAAUUUAUAAACCAAAUCCACGGAAGACCUGUGGUAGUGAAGUUAAAUAGCGGCGUGGAUUACAGAGGGGUUCUCGCCUGCUUAGAUGGCUACAUGAAUAUCGCUCUAGAUCAGACGGAAGAGUACGUGAAUGGACAAUUAAAGAACAAAUAUGGAGACGCCUUCAUCCGAGGCAACAACGUUUUGUAUAUUUCAACUCAAAAGAGAAGAGUUUAGGAUUUUGAGUUCUGAACAUUAUAAGUGGAAUUUCGUCAUUUAUUUUGUGUUAUUUUUACGAACGAGUUAUGUUUUUCAAAAGAACGUGUGGAUGAAUUACUUCUCAAAUAGAUUUUAAUGAAUUUGGAUAUGUAA